CGUGGCCCUCUCCUUCAGCGCAGAACCCUUAUCACAGUACUUCCCGGCGAACUGCGGCGAGUAGAUAUAUUGAGCUAUAAGAGUUAAGAAAAUGAGGGAUGAAGAAAUCGACAGGCUAAGAGGAGUGGUGAGGGACUGCGUCAGCAAGCACUUGUACUCGUCGGCGGUCUUCUUCGCCGAUAAAGUGGCUGCGAUGACUUCGGACCCCACCGACAUCUAUAUGCAGGCGCAAGCUCUCUACAUUGGCGGCCAUUACCGCCGUUCUUUCCACCUCCUCAAUUCUUCCCAAACUCUUAACCGCGACCUGCGAUUCCGGUAUCUUGCUGCCAAGUGCCUGGGGCAACUGAAAGAGUGGGAACAGUGUCAACAUAUUCUUGGUAAUGUCAAGGUGGAUGAACAUGGAAAUGUUACUGCACUUGGUGAUUGUAGUAGCAUGUACCUUGACAAGGAUGGUGAAGAUCGUGAAAUCAAUAUUUUGUCUGCAAUAUGCUUCUUGAGGGGCAAGGCAUCUGAAGCAUUGGAGAAUCGUGCACAAGCUACACUAUGGUACAAAGCUGCCAUCAAAGCUGAUCCUCUGUGUUAUGAAGCCCUGGCAUGCCUUGUAGAGAAUCAUAUGCUCACUUGUGAUGAAGAGGCUAGCCUACUCUUGUCAUUGCAGUUUAGUUCUGAAGAUGGGUGGCUCUCUUCUUUUUAUUCUUGCAUGAUAAAGAAGUAUGAUAACGAGAAUAUAGUGGAAGCCAAAUUUAGGGAACUAGAACGUGAUGGACCUGGUAUAAAAACUUCAGACAAAUCCGUAAUGUGCACACUCAAGACAAAUACUGAUCUCUUGGCAUGCAAAGCUGAGUACUAUCAUCAGUGCGGCGAAUAUCAAAAAUGUUUUGAACUAACAUCCACAUUACUCGAGAAGGAUCCUUUCCAUUAUAAGUCUAUGCUAGUGCAUUUGGCAGCAGUAAUGGAACUGGGGAACUCAAAUGAGCUGUAUCUCAUGGCAUCCAACUUAGUUAAGGACUACCCUCAGCAGCCAUUGCCAUGGUUUGCAGUUGGUUGCUACUACUAUUGUAUAAAAAAGUUUGACCAAGCACGCCGUUAUUAUAGCAAGGCCACUAGUUUGGAUGCAGCAUUUGCUCCAGCAUGGAUAGGUUGUGGGAAUGCUUAUGCAGCUCGAGAAGAGGGAGAUCAAGCAUUGUCAGCCUACCGUACUGCUGCUCGCUUAUUUCCCGGUUGUCAUUUGCCAUCUUUAUACAUUGGAAUGGAGUAUAUGAGAACCCACAGCUUCAAACUUGCUGAGCAGUUUUUCAUGCAGGCAAAGGAAAAAUGCCCCUUUGAUCCACUUGUAUACAAUGAACUUGGAGUAGUUGCUUAUCAUAUGAAUGAGUAUACUAAGGCUGUCGAUUGGUUCAAAAAGACGUUGGCUCAGAUCUCAUCUAGCUUGAGUGAGGUGUGGGAACCAACUGUAGUCAAUCUUGCUCAUGCAUUGAGGAAAUUGCAGUUGUACGAUGAGGCAAUUACAUACUAUAAAAAAGCUCUUGCAAUGUCAACAACAAGUUUAAGUACUUACGCAGGACUAGCCUAUACUUAUCACCUGAAGGGAAAGUUUACUAAAGCAAUCACUUACUACCACAAGGCUUUAUCGCUCAAUCCAACUCAUAAGUUCUGCACUGAAAUGUUGACACUGGCUCUAGCUGAAGAAUGCCAUUAUGACGCUGAUCCAAUACUGGAAUUCCACCAUGAAUAAUAAUAAUAAUGACCUGUAUAUUUAGAUUAGAAGCCAAAUCUCUGUGUCGUAAUUUAUCUGUAGCUGUUGAGAUUGAUGAUUGUGAUAGGCGUAUAUGGUGCUCCUCAAUUAUAUCAAAGUAAAACUCACGAGUUUUUCCUGAGUCUCCCUCCAUGCCAUAUGUUGCCAUACAGAGUUGGAUAUCUGGCUAAAUUUUGUUUGUAUGAAUGUGUUACCUUACCUAAUGCAAUGCGCAUUGCAGGUGUGGA